AUGUCAUCAUCAAUAUCAGAUGCAGAUCUUAUCGCUUUAUUAAAUUAUACUUCUACACAAAUCAAUCGUUACUUUGCGAUUUUUAUUUUUCUCUUUGGUAUUAUUGGAAAUGGUUGUAAUAUAUUCGUUCUCUCACAAAAACCUCUUCGUUCAAAUCCUUGUAUGUGGUUCUUUCUCUCCUCAUCAAUUGCAUUUUUAAUUAGUUUUAUUGCUGGUAUUCCAUCACGUUUUUUAUCUACAUGGGGAGCUGAUCUAACAAAUACAAAUCAAUUUCUUUGCAAAUUUCGAAUCUUCGUCGCUCUUAAUUCAAUGACCGUUGCAUUUUGGCUUAUUAUGCUUGCUACAGUUGAUCGUUGGCUGUCUUCGAGUAUGAACAACAAUCGACGACGAAUGAGUACGUUAAAGAAUGCUCAACGUAGUGCAAUUGUUAUUGUCAUUCUUUCAUCUGUUCUUCAUAUACAAGAAUUAUUUUGUUUCGAAGCUAAUCUUAUUAAUACUCCAGUGAAAUGUUAUUCAAAAACAGUAAUAUGUGGUAUUAUAUCAGAUUUAUGUUUCACCGUGUUUACUAUUAUAUGCCCACUGCUUUUGAUGUUUAUAUUUGGUUUAAUGAUCCUAUCAAAUAUACGUCAAUCACGAGCUCGUAUACAACCUGCGCCAAUAGCAAUCGAUGAUUCUGCUGCUCGAAACACGUCAACAGUCAUCACUGAACCUCAUUACCGACAAAGAAAAAUGAAUCGUCAUUUGUUAAUCAUGCUUUCUAUUCAAGUUCUCAUUCUUCUUGUGUUUACUCUCCCAUUUGCUAUUUCAAAAAUUUAUACAACAAUAACUAGAGAUAUACCAAAAUCAGCAUUACAACGUACCAUUGAAAAUUGCAUUGUUACUUUAUUUUUUCUAUUCUUGUUUAUUGCCGCUGGAAUGCCAUUCUAUAUCAAUACAUUGGCUGGGGGACAUGUAUUUCGACAAGCAUUAUUCAAACUAAUGAAUGCAUUUAUACGGAAAAUCAUGUGCCACUACAAUUAA